AUGGCCCCAGCUGCUGAGAGCGCCUCACCGAUUGGCAUUGCCAAUCUUCCCAACCAGCGACACAAGAUUGUCGCCAAGCGGGGAGCCAGCUUCACUAUUAUGGUUGCUGGCGAGUCUGGCUUGGGAAAGACUACCUUUAUCAACACCCUCUUCUCCACCACCAUCAAGAACUAUGCCGACCACAAGCGUCGACACCAGAAGCAGGUCGACAAGACUGUCGAAAUCGAGAUCACCAAGGCUGAGCUCGAGGAGAAGUUCUUCAAGGUUCGCCUGACCGUCAUUGACACCCCCGGAUUUGGUGACUACGUCAACAACCGUGACUCCUGGAUGCCCAUCAUCGAGUUUCUCGACGACCAGCACGAAUCCUACAUGCUUCAGGAGCAACAGCCCCGCCGUCAAGACAAGAUUGACCUCCGUGUCCAUGCCUGCUUGUACUUUAUCCGCCCUACUGGCCACACUCUGAAGCCCCUCGAUAUCGAGGUUAUGAAGAGACUUUGCUCUCGAGUCAACUUGAUCCCUGUUAUUGCCAAGGCUGACACUCUGAGCCCUGCUGAUCUGGCCAAGUUCAAGCAAAGAAUCAUCUCUGUCAUUGAGGCCCAGAACAUCAAGAUCUACCAGCCCCCUAUCGAGGAGGAUGACGAAGCCGCUGCUCAGCACGCCCGAAGCCUCAUGGCCGCCAUGCCCUUCGCCGUCAUCGGCUCCGAGAAGGACGUCAAGACCAGCGACGGCCGUAUCGUCAAGGGUCGUCAAUACUCGUGGGGUGUUGCCGAGGUUGAGAAUGAGGACCACUGCGAUUUCAAGAAGCUCCGAUCCAUUUUGAUCCGAACCCACAUGCUCGAUCUCAUUCACACCACCGAGGAGCUGCACUACGAGGCGUACCGUGCUCAGCAGAUGGAGACUCGCAAGUUUGGCGAGGCCCGCCCCCGCAAGCUGGACAAUCCCAAAUUCAAGGAGGAGGAAGAGGCUCUGCGCAAGCGAUUCACCGAGCAGGUCAAGAUCGAGGAGCAGCGAUUCCGACAGUGGGAGCAGAAGCUCAUUGCCGAGCGCGACCGUCUCAACAAGGACCUCGAACAGACGCACGCCCAGAUCAAGCAGCUGGAAACCGAGCUCGAACAGAUGCAGGGCAGUGCCGUCCGCAGCCACGGUCGUCGUUAA